UUUUCAUACGUACAGAGUUUGGCACUGGUUGUUGGCUGGUCUGUACUUUUAAUACCUGGCAUCCUGCUAGCAACACACGUUAGUGUAUAAUUCAGCUCUGAAUGCUUACGUUGAAGCAAGCUCUUAGAUGUGGGGGUGGCAAGAGCUAACAGUUUGGGAUUUGUAGUUCUUAGCGGUGGCCUAGAAGCAGGUGAAGUCUUACUUAAGGACUGCGCUUCCCAGAGUGCCUUGCCCUUGGCCAUACAGGAAAGGGAACAGCCGGUAGCCUAUCCUAGUGGGGAGGUGUGGUGAUUGAGGAGCCGGCAAGCCAAUCGCAGAGGGGGAAGUGAAGCCAGAGCAGUGGGCUGAAAAUAGAGUGGGGGAGUUAGUAGGUGUCUGCCUGUGUGGGAUCAGGCAAGGGCUUGCCUGUGUAACUAGGGCCACUCGGAAGUUUCCUUUCUGCAGUUGCUCCAGACCAGAGCCCUGCCCAGGCACAGAGGCAGGCAGGCAAGCAGAGGGAGACUGAGCUGACCCACAGGGAAACAAAAUUCUGGCCGGCCGACAGGCAGACGGACAGACGGCAGGACGGACGGACGGGUGGCGGCUGUGAUCGGCGGCUCGGCGGCAGGCUGGUGGAAAAUGUCGUCGGGAGCAGGUGGGCGGGGAAGACGUGAGGCGAGGGCCUGUGGGGGUGCAGGCGAGGUAGAGGAAGGACCAGUGGGCAUUCCCUUCCCCGAGCACAGUGCUGACCUGCUGGGCAGUCUCAAUCAGCAACGGUUGAGUGGGUUGCUGUGUGAUGUGCUACUAGUGGCUCAAGAAAGAGAAUUCCCUGCCCACCGCUCCGUGUUGGCUUCCUGCAGCACCUACUUCCACAAGCUUUUCACCUCGGGCCUGGCUGCUGACCGCCAGAAAGUCUAUGCACUGGACUUUGUGCGGCCUGAGGCGCUGGCCGCCCUCUUGGACUUUGCCUACACGGCCACACUUACAGUCAGCCGCAACAGUGUGGUUGACAUCUUAAACGCCGCUCGUGUGCUGGAGAUCUCACCCGUCCAAGACGUCUGCACACACCUGCUGGACACCAAAGUGCUCUCCCCGCCGGCGGGCAGUGAGCAAGAAGAAGACCAGGAAGAGGAGCGAGGUAAGAAUGGAAAAGAGCAGGGCAUCCGGCUGCGUGCCCGUGAGUACUUGGAGUUCUUCCAGAGGGGGGCGCAUUGGGGUAGCAGCUGCAGCACGCCAGAGCUCAGGGACCUGCCCGCACACCUGCACUUUAGCCAACGCAAUGGCGCUGACAGCAAUGGCACGCCCAUCGGCCCUGCUGACUACUACUCCUCACUGGCCCAAGCCCUAUCACAGCCUCCUCGUGACCCCGAAGACGAGAAUGUGGAUGAGGAGUACCAUGAUGGACCUCCAGUUCUAGCUCGAGGGAAAAGUGCAGAGGCUAUGAUGUCCCUUUAUGCUCCUACUCAGAAUGGACACUACUACCUCCAUCAGGCAGAGCCCAAAUCAGAGAGAGAGGUGGAGGGGACGGGUGAGCAGGAGCACGAACAAGGCCCAGCCAGUGCUUUGCUACAACAGAUGAUGGACUCCUUGGAGCGGAAAAGGGAAAAGGCCACGACAGGUGGUGGGGGUGAGGAGGAUGGGCCAGAGGGGGAAGAGCCAGACGUGGAGUUUUACUUGAAGUACUUUAAUAGUGUGCAGCAUGAGGAAGCCACCAGUGCCCCCAUGUCUCCAAGUUUGCUACCACUGUGGUCAUUACGGGGCAAUGGAGGUGGAAACCAAGCAACUGGACCAGGUAACAACAGUGAGAGGAAGAUGCGCUCUAAGGCCUUCCAGAAGUGCCCUAUCUGCUCCAAGGUCAUCCAAGGUGCAGGCAAGCUUCCACGCCACAUCCGUACACACACAGGAGAAAAGCCCUACGAGUGCGCCAUCUGCAAAGUGCGAUUCACCAGGCAGGACAAGCUAAAGGUUCACAUGCGCAAACAUACGGGAGAGAAGCCUUACCCGUGUACUCAGUGCGGUGCCGCCUUUGCCCACAACUACGACCUGAAGAAUCACAUGCGUGUACACACAGGCUUGCGCCCCUACCAGUGCUCCAGCUGUUUUAAGACCUUUGUGCGCUCAGACCACCUCCACCGUCAUCUCAAGAAAGAUGGCUGCAACGGCAUCCCUUCCCGUCGAGGCCGCAAGCCACGCAUACGAGAUUCUGAGCACCUGGAAGGUCCUAUGGAACUUCAUGGUCCCGAAGCAGACAUCGAGAGAGGUCGGCGGCAUCCAGACAGGGGCACCGGAACAUCAGUCAUGGAGGAAAAUCAUGGUAGUCACACGCACAGUCCAGCUGCCGACGGGGAAGGUAGUGAAGUUUUGACCUUGGGACAGAGGAACUCCACGACAACAUGAAUCAAACUUCAUCAGAGAGGGCGUUACUCAAACAAGAGGAAGAAUAAAACAGAAAAAGAAGAAAAAGAAAAAAAAACGUACAACUACAUGGUCCUCUUUAAAAAAACAAAAACAAAUCAGGGUGUCACACAAAUCUAAUCUUCUAGUUUCUUUUUCCUUAUUUUUUAGCUUCUGCAUUCCGCAUAGAGACUUAACCACCAAGUUACUGGUCUGUUGGAAGAGCGAAGAGCACUUCAAAUCACUCACCCGUGCUGUCACCAUCUUUCUGGGUCUUUUUGUUGGUGUUUUUUUAUAACAUAAUGGCAUAGUCAUGUGUGUACGAGAAAAAGCUACUAUGCAGUUAAAACAAGUUCCUCAUCUCUGGGUUGCAUCUACAGGGCCUUGUCUUAAAGUAAGGUGUCAAACACCAGGCUGACUGCUGCUUCAACAGGUUAGCUAUGAAUGGUCUACGAUGUUAUCAAGGCAACCAAUAGAUCUCUUUUUCUAAUGCAAUGAGCAACAUGUACAUACACUAUAAAUAUAUUGUCUGAGAUUGCAAUAUAUGCAAUAUUCUGAUGCAGCACCUUUUUCUAAAUGUUCCAGAAAGAACCGGACAGGGGUUUGAUUUAAAGUGUUACUUUCUCUAUAAAAGGUGUUUUUUGAGAGUUUAUCCUUGUGUAACAUGGUGUAACAGGUUACCGUUUUGAGUUGGGGAGAUCUACAUGGGGAGAUUUUGUUAAUUUGUUUCUGGCAGGGAGAGGGUAAGACGAGAUGAGGUCCUGUGUUUCUAAAGCACUACCUUCAUCUGAUCGCCACUGGGCACAAUCAUGUUAAAUCUUACCUCUCACAGCCCUGCUUUUCCUUAUUGGCAGUCUUACUUGCAAUAUAUUCUCUCUUAUUUUUGGGAUUGUCUUAAUAUUUUGUCAUUUGAUUUUUCUUUUGACCUUUGAGUUGACUAUUUUGGGUACUUGACACUUUACAUUUGUAUACGCGUGUAUAUAUUAGGUUGUAAUCUUAUGAGACCCUUUAUAAGACAUAUAUUGCAGAUAGAUAGAUAGAUAGAUAGGGUUACAUCUUCCUUCAGCUUCACUCCAGGUUUCUCACUGCGUUAGGUUUGCAGGGGGAAAUUUGCUGUUUGAUAUUUUAGAGCAUUAUAAUUGAGAAACCCAUUUUUUCCUAAGCUGCACUUAAUGGAACCCAGAAGUUUCCGCCCAAAGUAUGAAUUGUGAUAAUUGUGCUUCAUUUUAAGUCUUACUGCAGGAGAGUGAAACUGUAUGCAACAGAUGAGUGAGGGCACCACUGUUAUACAAACGGCUGGUGAACAACUUAAGCAGGGAAUCUUUUAUUUGUUUGUUUUUUUCAGUGACAGAAGGAGAGAUAAAGAGCGAGCACCUUUUUUAUGCAUUUGCACAGCUUUACUAAAGAUAUCCAACAGAGAGAGAGAAAUAUCGGUUUAAGGAGGCGGUUUGAGUUGUGGAGAUACAAAGUGCUUAUUCAAUUUCUUUGCCCAAGGGACCACAGAAAAAAAAAAAGAACCUGAGUGAUAAGAUGAGCAAUAAAUUAAUGUCCAAUUCCAAAUAAGCACACAAGAGAACGCGUGUGCGCACGUAAGAGGCAGGGUCCAGUUUUUGUGUGCGAAAUGUGAGCACUAUUAAUGAAUGCAAUGUAUAUAGAUACAAAAUGGGAUCAGUUAUACAAACUUUAUCGCCUUUUUUACAAUGCAAAUGACUGUCCGAAGUUUUGAAAGAAAGUGUCCUGAAAGCUGAGACCUUUAUUUUAAAGUAAUAUGUGCUUCCUUGUGCUGGAGACCGAGAGGGUGCAGCAAAGUCCUAUGGCCACAUCAGAGCAGGAUGACUCACUGAGAGGGGCCUGGAGCAUCAGCAGGCACUUUGUGGGCACGUCGAGACAGGCUCUCCCCAAAAUCCAGCACAGUUGGUGCUUUGGUUAAGUUAGGACUCUCGUUUAAAUAAGGCAUGUAUGAGGACAAGACUUGACUAAGGCGGAGCCUUUUAUAAACGAUGAAGUGGCACAUUUGAAAGAAAAUUCCCUUAAAACAGUUUGUGAUCCUUGCUAAAUCUUUCAAGUGGAUCUCAGUGUAAACAGUGGCUGUGGUUACAGCUAUGGAUUCACAGUUUUGUUUCAGACUGAAUUAGAGGAUGUCAUGUGGCAUUGUUCCUUCUGUAGUGCUUGUACCCUGUUUAUCGGCCUUUUGCACCUUAAUUAGAAAGAAGCAAGAUUUGAAUGCACUUUGUUACUGAAAGGGGCACUUUUUAGUCAGAAGAAACGGGUACUUUUAAACAAAAGAGCAAAUGUGCUUGGCAAAAAGGCCCAUCCAAGUGGUGAUACUUAGUUGUUGUUUUAUUAUUAUUAAUUUGGCUUGUUCAUAAGUUUUCAUUUUGUUUAGGUCUUGACACCGAGCUGCCAAAAAGGGCAGUCACUAAAGAGAAAGAAAAGGGUGAGGAUUUUGAUGAAUUUAAAUUGUUGAUGAAAGAGUAACAAAGAAUAGUAAUGAAGAUUAUAUGGAGAUUUCAUAUAUAUCUAUAUUUAUAUAUGAAAGUAUAACGAUUAAUUGCACUUAAAGUUGAUUUAAAAAGUUCUCUAUUUUGUCUUAAUACAGAAGAGAGUAAAGAUGUGGAAGCAUCUGCAGGGAUUUACGAUAAUUAUCUACAACUACAUACUCCUGUUUAGUUUCUGUCAGUGCAUUAUAUGUUGAGUUUGGCUGGUCAAGUGUAGUGUUCACUUUAAAUUAGUUGUUGAAUACCACACCCUAAGCAUCACACUACUGUACGUUAUGAAGAAAGAUUUUGUGACUGGACGACACGGCAGAAUUAAUCCUUCUGGAAAUUCCAGUGUGUGAGCUUGUGUUUUUUCACACCACAAAACGCUUGGUUAAUAAUACAUCACAUGCCUGCAAGGGUGUGUGGUAACACAUUGACCUAGACCAUCUCUUAUCAACUCUUUCACUCAUCGCCUGCGUUCAUUCCAUACGAAGUUCACGGUAGAUUUUAGAUUUGUUUCUGGGAUGUAUAUACCUAUGCCACGGCCCAAAUUUAUUCUCUCCUAAUUUUAGAAGCAGAAGUUAAAGUUGGAAUUGUUGUGGAAAAAGCCUACUUGAGUUCCCUUUCUGUCUAUUUUUUUUCUGUGAUAUUAAGUGUGAGUUUCAAAUUUGCAAUGCUUUCUUUUGUUUUAUUGUAAAAAUGUGCUGCAGCUUGCAAGGAUAAUACUAGCUGUGUUUGUGGGGUUUUGGGUGAAAUGGUGGUGGAUAAUAGGGAGGGUUAGGUGGGUGGGAGGGGAAGGGAGGUACAAAGCCUGAUAGCACUGGAAAUGGUGCUUUAGCUGAGAAAGAGUUUUUGCACUAAAAGUCACUCAUGUCCUUGUCCUUGGAGGAGAGGGAUUCGAGAUCCGGGCAAGGCCUUUGAGUUUCUGUGAACACAGAGUCUGUUUAAUCUCCACUUCACUUCCCUAUACUUACAUUUCCAAUUAACUCUUUGAAAACCAAAGUAGGGAAAGACUAGGAUUACUUGAAGACUAUUCUCGGCCAUUAGAAGACGGAGGUGAAUCUGAUGUUUUCAACAACAGUGUAAACUAAACCAAUUCCAAGACAAGUGUAGGUCAAGAGUCCAAAGCAACUCCAACCGAAAUAAGCAGCUUGAGGAAAGACACAGUAUUCAUGGAAUGGCUUAUUUCCAACAGUUAACAGGAUCAAACCCUAAGCAUCUGUGUCUACGUAGAAGUUUGGUGGAGUUAUUAGAGGUCUUUGUGAGUUCGCACAGACUCAUUGGCUUGAUCUGGAGGGGGGGGGGGGGGGGGGGUAAGCUUUGUUCAGUGGGUCCAAAAGGAGUCGGGGCAGAGUCUUGAAGCUUGACAAGGGGAGAAGGAUUCUGGAAAGAAUGUGCCUUAACUUAAAAGGAGAUUGGGAGGAUUCUUCAAAAGAUGACUUCUCAAAUGAUUUCUGGAUACAUGUUGGUUGAAACUGUCCUGUUAUGGACAUUUCUAAGAACUAAAAGGUUAAAUAAGAUCUUUGUCCAGAGAUAGUCUAAUACACCUCAAUUUGUAAAUACAACUAGUUCAAAUUUUCUCCUGGUAAAAAGUUGAUUGCAUGAGAAGAUUCUGUCAUCUUCCGUUUAGCGCUGUUUAUUGCUUCCGCCCCAAUCGUGACUCCACUGACAGACACUACAAUGAGAAAGUGUCUCAAAAAAAAAAAAGAAAUAAAAAACAUUUCCAUAACUUUAAAAGCACCAUGUAUGUAAUAUCCAAAUAUUAAUCUAUUUGUGUCUUUAUUUGUUUAAUUUAUUGGACAGGAUGUCAAAAAGCAUUAAAGAUUACAGUGAUAACCGUAAUAAUCAUGGAAGAUAAUCUUAUUGCAAUUUUCGAUGUUGUGGCUGGGUCGAAGCACAACUAGCUGAGGACGACAUAAUGCAUGGCUAGAUUCGCACAGUUGUUCUCACCUGAUCCACUGCUGUUAGAUGCCCAGCGGGCAUGUUGCACAAGGAGCGGCUCAUGGGCAGUGGGUACUAGUUUGCACAGAUUGGGGAGGGUGGGUAGCAUUUUUGUGCUGCUUGGGUAGGGGAACUAUGUCUUAUAAGGGGUUGUUUGGAGAGCCUUGUCAGGUAUUGCUGUGCCAUUCUGUAUACCUAAGGAAUUUAUAGCCAUCUACAUCUUUGACUGCCUCAGCUGGUUAUGUUUCACUGAUCAAGGAGACAUUCUGGAGAGCAGAUGUCAAGAGGUUGUGGUGGGAGGCAGGGGGAUUUUGGGAUUAUGGGCCAUGCUUCUCAGGUUAAACUAUCAAGGCAGUCCAUGUCAAUUUCUGUUGUUUGGUUUAAGCUCAAAUUUUGCCUUCUGUGUAAUCAAAGCUUUAUUGUACUGAGAGUACAUCUACCGAAUAUAUAUUGAGUUUUGAAGAUGAUAUCGAAAAGCCAAUUACCCAUGUGACCACAACACCCUCCUCUUUUUUGUUUUGCCUAAUCAUUGUACAUUCUUUUCAAGUGUAGAAAACAAUGGCAAAAUGUCUUUUUUUUAAUACACGUUUUCACAUUCUAGAACGGCGAGUGGUGUAUUGUCUUAGAAUGAGGCCAAGACAUAAGUGAAUUGUGGGAUGGAGACAUCAAGUCUGAGGUCUUCAAGUCAAGGAUGCAUUCCAUAACUAUUUCUUAAUAGCAGUUAGAUCGAACAGAUGCAGGUAGACGGAAAAGAGCUGGUUUCUUAAGUCUUGAAGGACUUUCUUAAAAGUUUUCCACUUUUUCUCUACCCAGAAUGUGCAGGGAAGAUAGUGUGUUGGGCUUCACAAAGCCAUCAAGCUGAUAGCAGUUCUGUGAUUGUAACAAAACAACAACAAAAAAAGCACUUUGCGAAAGGCCAUCCAGAAUAUUUUGUGCUGUCUCCUUUGAUUAUUACUGUUAUUGUUUUAUCUUGUUAAUGCUAUUUUUUUUAUCUCAUUGUGGAUGUAAUGAUUUAUUUAAAUGCAAAAUCUACAUGAAAAGAAAAGAAACUUGAAUAUGCGAUAUAUUUGGGUUGAAGUCCAUUUGAACUGCCGCCCCGUACCACACACAUCUCUGGAAAACACAUGAAACAAGGAAUAGCAUAUGUUCAAGUUGUCAUACAUGUUUUCUUUUAACAGUUUUGCACCUUUAAACCCAAAUCUCAUUACAAAGGACUUUACAUUUGCUUUAUGGACAUUUCUUCCUGGGUUUCCAUUGUUCUGCAAUGUGCUUCAUAGACAAACACAGAGUUUAUAAGAGUAGAUCUAGAUUAUUGGUAUUGUUAGAGCUUAACUAUCCCAAACAAUGCCCAGUAAACAGCUGCAGAUACGCAACUUGCAACCCUGUCCAAGACAGUCAGGUUUGGACCAUUAUACAACUUUCCUGCAUAUGGACAAUAUAUGAUAUCUCUAAUUACUUUCCUUCUAUGUUGUUAGACAGUAAAAUAUAUUUUCCAUAUUGUUUUUGCAUAAAGUUUAAGAGUUUAUAAGGGACUUGUUGUAUACUCUAUUCAAAGCUCUAGUACGUUUCACAUUUCUUGCAUCAAGUCUGUACUCUUAAUUCAUUAUGUGGUUAAUCAGCUGAAUGGACAAAAGUUCUGCACAGAAAACAAUAAUUAAUUAUCAGGCUUUGGGGGCACUUUUUAGCACUUAAGUUGACUUUGGGGCGGCAGAAAACUCCCAGUGUCUCAGGCUUGGACCGCAGAAACCCUUUUUUUUUUUGGUUUUGUUAAUUCAAAUCCUGUUCCUUUCCAUUGUCUGUCAGUGUGUGUUGAAGCUAUUGAGAUGUACAGGAGAAUUUGGGAGAAUUUGCACUUUUGGCGAUGAAAAGAAUUUGUAUUGUAUAUGAGACCACUAAAUCUACAUCGUCUAAAUCAAACAAUUCCAUGUUGUUUUCCUUUUUCAUUUUAUUCUUUCUUUUAUUGUUUUGUUUUAUUUUUACAAAAUAUAUCCAAAAAUGUCUGACGUUUAAGAAAUAAGACAUUUCUAUUAAAAACAGAAUGUUUACGAU